GCUUGAAGCUCAUCAUGAUGCGGGCUGCGCUGGUGGUGUUGGUUGUCGCAGCAGCAGCUGCAGCAGCAGCUGUGAUGACCGUGGCGGCGGCGGCGGCGGCGGCGGGGCCAAUGGCGCAUGAGGAUGGCGUGAUGUGCCAACAGGCCUUGCUGCAGCUCAACCUCACACACCAAGACCUGUCCACCACCAUAGCACAGCCAGCCACACUGUCGCCUGUGCAAAGGGUCGUUUUGGCCGCAUGCCAGCAGUCACAACAACAACAACUGCUACUGGAGGUUGCCGACUUCCACCUCCCACAACAGCAGAAGCAGGAGGAGGAAAGCAGCAGACCAGCCGCUGGGUCCAAGAACGAUAGCUACGCCAACACAGGUGAGCAUGACCACCACCAGGACGCCGCUGCUGAUCCGCUUUUGUACAGCAACCAAAGGCGCAGGCGCGAUGCUUCCACCAGCACAACAGCAGCAACGACCACCACCGCGGAAAACAUCGCCCAAACAACCCUCAACAACGGCUUGCCGUCCCCAUUAUCAACAAGCACGGCAAUGCCGCUGCCGCAGUUUCCCACGGGGUUCCCCGGACUACAGCCGACACCACCACCAUCACCACCGACUCCCGCAGGUUUCGUGGACGAAGUCCGGUGCACGCUGUCAAGCAUCGUGCAGACGUUUCGAUGUCACCCGCCAGCCCGCAUCCAGCCAGGCGCCAUCAGCUUCGUUAUUGUCUUCGACGACAUGUUUGCGGAAGGGUUUGUGGCCAGCCUGGGUCGUGGAGACUUGGACGUAACCCAGGUGACCGUGCUCACAGAAGCGAUCCAGCCGGCCUUUGUCACCUUCGAGGGCGUCGUGCGUGACGCCGAUCUGGACUGGGUCAUCGCCGCCGGUCGCUGGAACAGCACGAUUCGCGUGAACAUCCACGGCCUGCGCACACCAAGCUUUGCCCUCACCACGCUUAACCCGUUUGAGGGCCUGUUCCACAUCAACCUCAGUAACAACAGCCUCACGUCCAUCUCCCUCACCCUGCUGUCCACGCCUCGCAACCGCUUCCAUCGGCGCGAUAUCGUCUCCAUGCUCGACCUCUCGCACAACGCGCUCUUCGCCGUGCCGGUGAACGUCAUAUCUCAAUUGGAGCGCCUGCACACGCUCGCGCUGGACCACAACCAGAUCACGCGCCUGGGUGCCGGCACAUUCGACCGCUGCGAUGGGCUGGUCAAUCUGGGCAUCUCCAACAACUUCCUCUCCGUUGUGGAAGCGGGCGCCUUGCGCAACCUGCACCACUUGCGGGAGUUGAAAGUCAACGGCAACCUCAUCACCCAACUCAACACACGGCUCCUGGACCCGGACCUCGGCUACCUGUCCCAGCUCGACGUCAGCAACAACCCCUUACGCGUCGUCGCCGCAAAUGCUUUCGCGCACGCCCCGAAACUUAUUCUCCUCACAAUCUCCCACGCCACCAUCGACCACCUCCCAGCCACCCUGUUUGACCCGCUGACUACCGUCAUGAACCUCGACCUCAGCUUCAACCGCAUCUCGUCACCCCCGCCGAACGUUUUCUCCAGGCUCUCCCAGCUGAUCACCCUCAAUCUGGAAGGCAACGGGCUGACGGAGGUGCACCCCGCCCUCUUGCGCAACACCACGCGCCUGCGCGCACUCAUCCUCUCCUCCAACAAGCUCACCUCCCUUCCACCGGGCGUUUUCGCCACCGUGCCGCGCCUCAAUGCCGUGCACAUGUCCCACAACCGCUUGACCUCGUUUGACGAGCGCGUGCUCGGUACACUCACGCAGGGCUUUCGCUUCCACAUGCGAGACAACCGCCUCACCACCUUCCACAUCACCAGCACCACUGUCUUUGACAUUGACAUUGGCGACAACCCGUUUGUGCGCGUGCCUGACAUCUCGUUCAUCCCGGGGCUGUCCUCGCUUCGCAUGUCCAACCACCACAUUCGCACCCUCAACAUCUCCAAGGUCCUCGUCUCCAACACCAUGCGCACGCUGGAGAUUGGGGCCGCACCGCACAUCGCCGAUGCCCGGCUGGUCGUGGAUGAAGGCGCCCUCGCUGUCAUCCGUGACAGCCAGCUUGUCAAUCUUGACGUGUCCAACAUGCACGUGCCUACAAGCUUCUGGCCGCUGCUGCGAAACACGGACGCCCGCCUGCGCCUCCUGUUUGUGGGCUGGCCGGGGCUCUCCGAGACCACGCUUGACCUGCGCGAGGUGUGCGAUGUGCUGCUGCCCAGUGCGUCACACCUUGCCAUCACCAACACCAACUACCGCUUCAUCAGCGUGUGCAACGACCACGCCAUCAACACGCUCUCCCUCCAGCAGAACCGCAACCUGCGACUCUUGCAUGUGCCAGGGCCCGUGACCCAACUCAACGUCAGCGGCUGCACACACCUGACCAACCUCACUGUGCCGUCUGCCCGCGUGCUUGACAUCAGUGAGACGAGCAUCCCGUUCUCGCCCAAGCUGUGUGACACAUGGGGCAGCACCAUGUUGCUUGCACGCAACCUGAUCAGCACAGGCUUGCGCGACAGGAACAACAUCACCCACCUGCUCCGCACGUGCCUUGCCCGCGUGGACCUCCUUGACCUCUCUGGCAACGCGUGGCUGGACAAACCGUCCAUUGUGCACGACGCAGCGAAUGACGCAACCGUCAUCGGCAAGGGCCAGUUCCUCAGAGAAAACCUUCGCAGCAACUUCCCCGCACGCUCCCAGGUCAUCACGCUCAACACGGAGGGCACGCCCAUUGGUUGCAUCAUUGCAUUGGAUAAUGUGCGGGGGGCCCGCCCGCCUGGGCACGUGCAGGCGACGGAGCUGGCGUACGCGCUUGACUGCAGCUGCCGCACGCAAUUCAGGCUGGACGGCGACGAGUGUGUUCCGGACGUGCUGACCACGGGCCAGGUGGCCGGCAUUGCAAUUGGCACGCUACUCCUUGGGCUGGGGCUCGCCUUUGGGUCGCUCACGCUGUACAGGCGGUUCCGUGCAGGCAAGAUGCUGCGGCGGCUGCUGCUGACGGAGAACGAGCUGCAGAAGCGCCUGAUUGAGGAGAAGGACGAGGAGGUGAUGGCGCUGAAGAAGGCGUGGGAGAUUGGGCACGAGGAGCUGGCGUUUGUGCGGCGCAUUGACGCGGGCUCCGAGGGCGCCUUUGGCGAGGUCUGGCUUGCGAGCUGGGACACGGUCAUGGUGGCGGUGAAGGUGCUGAGGCAGAGCAUGAUGGCGUUUGACGAAGGCACGGUGGUUGAGUUUGAGAAGGAGGUGGAGUUUCUGCAGCGGACACGGCACCCGCACGUGGUGCGAUUCUUUGGCGCGGGCACAGACCCCAACGGCAGCCCGUUCCUGGUGCUGGAGUAUGUUGCUCUUGGAUCCCUCAACUCCAUGCUGCAGAAGCAAGACUUUGACGCCGUGCUUUCACGAUACCAGUCUCAACAACGCGCCAGCCAGGGCAGUGACACUGGUGACGGUGCUGUCGCCAUUGGUGGCGGUGCCGUUGCUGGUGGUGUGGGCGAGUUGAAGAGUGGAUGGGAGUUGAAGGUUCGUUUGGCGCGCGACGUCUGCGCAGGCAUGGCCUUUAUCCACAGCCUCGGCCACAUCCACAGGGACCUGAAGAGUGGCAACGUGCUCGUGUCGACCAGUUUGAGGGCGAAGAUUGCGGAUUUCGGAUCCAUUCGGCAGUGCCUGCUGAAUAGCAGCGCAGCGCAGGCAACAACGCCCAUGUCCGGGGAAAUGGAGAAGACGGGUGGCGGCAGUCGCGGUGGUGGCGACAUUGAGUACACGACACAAGCCGGCACCACCACAAUGCACCUGACAAUGACGGCUGGCGUGGGCACGCCGCUGUACAUGGCACCGGAAGUGUUGGCUGGUGGGCAGUAUGACGCCAAGGCGGACGUGUUUAGUUUUGGCGUGCUGAUGUGGGAGGUGGCGACACAGCGCACCCCCGAUUUGAUUGCGCAGGAAAAGGGGAGCAACUUCCGUGGCCCACUCUUCACAACGCUGCUCACGUUACUCGAGGCCGGCAAGCGACUCACCUUCAAAGGUGCACGGGACCAGCUAUGA